AUGAUUAUAAAGUGGGUUGAAACACUUUGAAUUUGUUGUUCUCCUCAGAUUGUGAACAUAUUUUGGUGAAAUGAUAUUUAAUCCAUAUUUUUGAUAUUUUCAUUUAUUAUGAUACACAGUGCAUUGAGAAAAUAUUUGUUUUCAGGAAGCUGAAGUUUAGGAAGUUCAGACAUACAAAUCCAAUACCCCUCUGGCAAAACAAAAUCAAACCCAUUUCAAUAAAUGGAAAGGCACAUACAAAUCUUCCUCAACAAACUUUCAUUCGUUUCCAUCGCCAUAGCCACAGUCACCCUCUUCUUCCUCUUCCUCCAAACCCCAGAGACCUGCGUGGACCCCACAUCUUCCUCUACCCACCCGAAACCCCAUCACAAAUUCCCCAAAUCCACAUGUGAAAUAUCACACCGAUCAUUCACCUCCCUAGAAAAGCGCAACCACCGGUUAUGGUCCACAAAAACUUGGUCCAACACCGUCUCUUCGUACUCUUCCAUCUUCCUCAGUCUCCAAACCUUCAAUUUUCUCUCCAAUCAUUCCAAAACCCUAGUCCUCUCCGCUGGACCUGGCCAUGCCGUCAUGUCUUUGAACCAGCUCGGUGUUGCUGACGUCACUGGCGUAGAAUUGAUUGAUUCACCACCACUGGUAUGUGAGAGAGAUGGAGAGGACCGUAAGGGUUGGAGGGGUCUGUGUUGUGGUUGUGCAGGAGUGUGGGGAUGGCGAGGUGAAGGAAAUUGUCAAGUUGUUUCAAAAAUCUAAAUUUGUUGGGGCAAAAAAUGUGACAUUGAUUGGAGCAAAAAUGACUCGAAUUAUAAUGAAAAUUACAAGUCCUU